UUGUGUUAACAACCGGCGGGCUGGCGGGCGUCAAUUUACGCCGGUGGGCAGCGGCGGCGCGAUGAAGAUGCUAUCGCGGUGGCCGACGCCACGGCCGGACCCCAGGGUCCUUUCUUGACUCUCGCGGCUCUCAGGUAGCCUUACCUUUUCGGUGGCAGGGCCUCUUUGGGUCCCGCAACUGCGGACACAGUGUAGGACCCAGGACCUCCCCAUCCCUUGCUCUGCCAGCCGCAGUCAUGUCAACAGCCGAGGCCUCGGAACCCGGCGUCAGGAGCAAGUCCAACAGCCCUCGACAAAUCCCGGUGGUCGGGGUGGUGACGGAGGACGAGGAUGCUCAGGGUGCUUUAAAGCCUAUGGACCUAAAUCGUGUCAUCAAACUCCUUGAAGAGACUGAUAAAGAUGAUUUAGAAGAAAAGCAACUUAAAGCUGUCAAGAUACUGGUACAGUAUUAUCAGAAUGGAUUUCCCCUAAGGGAUUUAGCACAGAUAUUUAAAAUUCUGAAUCUGUGUGCAGGGAAAAUUGGACAACAGCCCCAUUUUAUAGAAUCCGCAUAUAGUAUCCUAAAAUUAUGUGGCUUGCCUUUUUUGAAAAAGAAAGUAUCGGAUGAAAUAACAUAUGCUGAAGAUACUGCUAAUUCAAUCGCACUUCUGGGUGACUUAAUGAAAGUACCAAGUUCUGAACUGAGGAUACAAAUUUGUAAGUGUAUUGUUGACUUUUACCAUGCAGAACCACCAAAGAAGCAUAUUACAGGUUACCAGCAAGCUAGCUCAUCAUAUAAGAUUCAAAUGGCUGAAGUCGGAGGAUUGGCAAAAACAAUGGUGCAGUCAUUGGCCUUGCUUGAUAAUCAACUUGUUGAGAAACUUUGGGUACUGAAAGCUCUGCAACAUCUCUCAACUUCUGAAGCUAAUUGUACUUUAAUGAUGCAAGCACAAGCAGCCAGUAGCAUCUGUGCUCAUCUCAAUGACCCAGAUCCCUCUGGACAGCUUCUAUUUCGUUCAUCAGAAAUACUUUGGAACUUAUUGGAAAAAUCUUCAAAAGAAGAAAUCAUACAACAGCUUAGUAACUUGGAAUGUUUGCUGGCCUUGAAGGAAAUAUUUAAAAAUCUGUUUAUGAGAGGCUUUCGUCAUUAUGAUCGUCAGCUUAGAAACGAUAUAUUAGUCAUCACUACAAUUAUAGCUCAAAAUCCUGAAGCACCAAUGAUUGAAUGUGGCUUUACCAGGGAUUUGAUAUUAUUUGCAACCUUUAAUGAAGUUAAAAGUCAGAAUCCUUUGGUAAAAGGUCUUAAACUUUCUAAUUCCUAUGAAGAUUUUGAGUUGAAGAAGUUGCUAUUCAAUAUAAUUGUGAUCUUAUGUAAAGAUUUACCUACUGUACAGCUACUUAUUGAUGGCAAAGUUGUUUUGGCUUUGUUUACCUAUGUUAAAAAGCCUGAGAAACACAAAAUAAUUGAAUGGUCUGCAGCACAGUAUGAAGAAUUACAACUGCAUGCAAUUGCUACUUUGUCAUCAGUGGCUCCUUUGUUAAUAGAAGAAUAUAUGCUGUGCCAGGGAAAUGCUCGAAUUCUUGCAUUUCUAGAAUGGUGCGAGAGUGAAGAUUCCUUCUUUAGUCAUGGUAACAGUUUUCAUGGUACAGGGGGCCGUGGCAAUAAGUUUGCCCAUAUGCGUUACACUUUAAGACUCCUAAGAGCCAUGGUCUACCUUCAGGAUGAGACUGUAAACAAUGAUCUUUGUGAAAAGGGAACAAUUCAGCAACUGAUAGGAAUCUUUAAAAAUACAAUAAGCAAGUCUAAUGACAAGGAAGAGGCCAUUGUUUUGGAAAUUCAAUCUGAUAUAUUACUUAUCUUAUCUGGUCUUUGUGAACAUAAUAUUCCUAGGAAGGAAAUUUUUGGAACUGAAGGAGUGGAUGUAAUUCUUCAUGUAUUGAAAACAGACCCCAAGAAGUUUCAGAGUGGAUUAGGCUAUAUUGUACUUCUUUUUAGCACAUUGGACAGCAUUUGGUGUUGCAUUUUGGGAUGUUAUCCCUCAGAGGAUUACUUUCUUGAAAAGGAAGGCAUUUUUCUUCUUUUGGAUUUAUUGGCAUUGAACCAAAAAAAAUUCUGUAAUUUAAUACUUGGAAUAAUGGUUGAAUUUUGCGAUAAUCCCAAAACUACGGUUCAUGUCAAUUCUUGGCGAGGGAAGAAGGACCAGACAGCUGCUAGUCUUUUAAUUAAAUUGUGGAGAAAGGAAGAAAAAGAACUUGGAGUAAAACGUGAUAAGCAUGGGAAGAUCAUUGAUACAAAGAAACCUCUAUUUACUAGUUUUCAAGAAGAGCAAAAUAUCAUGCCACUGCCUGCUGACUGCCCAACUGUCGCAGUUAUGGAUGUUGCUGAAAACAUCAGAGCAAAAAUUUAUGCUGUGUUGGGCAAACUAGAUUUUGAAAAUUUACCUGGCCUAUCUGCUGAAGAUUUUGUCACCCUCUGUAUCAUACAUAGAUACCUUGAUUUUAAAAUUGGAGAAAUAUGGAAUGAAAUAUAUGAAGAAAUAAAAUUAGAAAAGUUAAGACCAGUCACUACAGAUAAAAAUAUUUUGGAAGCUAUUACAACAGCAUCAGAAAAUAUUGGAAAAAUGGUUGCUUCUCUGCAAAGCGAGAUGAUUGAAAGCCAAGCACGCCAAGAUGUACAAAAUGAACAAAGAGUAUACGCAAAAAUACAAGCCACACACAAGCAGAGAGAUUUGGCUAAUAAGUCAUGGGAAAAUUUCUUGGCUAGAACAUCAAAUGCUAAAACUUUAAAGAAAGCAAAAAGACUUCAGGAAAAAGCUAUAGAAUCCUCUAGAUACAAUGAGCGACCACCAAAUGCAAUAUUUCACCAAACAGAAAUUAAAGGCCUUAACACAACGGUGCCCUCUGGUCGGGUAGUAACGCUGGAAAGCACUCCUGCCCGAUUAGUGGGAGGACCUCUGGCUGAUACAGAUAUUGCUCUUAAAAAACUGCCUAUUCGAGGAGGAGCCUUACAAAGGGUGAAAACAGUGAAAAUUGUUGAUGAGCCAAAGAAGAAUGUUCUUACAUAAAAUGCUCUAGAGACUUUUUGAGAUAAAUUCUGCUUACAGAUUUUUAGUUAAAUAUAUCUUUAUAUACAAAUGUAAAGCAAAUAUUUUAGGAUAAAUAUUUUAGUAAAAUACUAUAAAAAUAAGCACAUAUAGUUUAUUUUUACUGAAAAUAUCAACAUAUAGUAUCAGGAGAGUUGUCAUUAAUUUCUAUGGAAAGAUUACUAAUUCUCUCAACCAAAAUUGUAAAACGUAUUUUAUCAGUUAAGACUUUUGGUUGUAUGUGAACUAAUUUAACCCCCUCCCUACCCCCAAAAAAGUUUUACAGCUCUGUAGCUAUCCUAUCAAGUCUAGAGGUAAUUAAGACUACAGGCUUUGUUGGAUCUAGGGACCAAAACUCUGUGAGUAAGAUCUUCCCCCUACCCUAGAAGCUCCUGGAUUAUAUUCUGGGAGAUAUUCAGUAGAGAAGAGUGCAUGCCUCUCUCUCAACAGUCCUGCAACUGCCUCUGCAUCUUGGGACCCCUCACUGGCUACUUGCCCAUUCCUUAGCCAAUGACCAUGAUUUUGGCCAGAUCUGAGUACUGUCUACUCCCAGAGUCAGAAGCAGGCCAACCCCAUCCAAAGUAUAUGGAUGGAGUGGGAACUCAGGAUAUUGUUGUCAUGAGUAUAUAUAAAUUCUGGGCAGCAAAAACAUUAGCAACAAAUACGUUGGUCAAAGUACAAUAAGUUAUCUGUGUUAUAAAAAGCAAAUGUUAGUCAUGAGCUAAGCAAUAAAAAUAAAUAAAAAUAUAGAUGAUUUUACUUUUAAUAUAUAAACAUGCAAAGGAAUCUCUAUGCUAUUCCUCGUCUUUAAUGGGGAAGAGAAAAGGAGAGUGGGGGAAGUGUUUUUCCUCCUUUGGUGGUGGCGGUAACUUGCCAAAGAAUAGGAGGUAGAUGGCUUAAUGCUGGAUAUAGAGUACUGUCGGUUCCCUGCAUGCCACUAUAACGUACUUUCCAUAGCCUCUCUGCAUCCCCAUCAAUUUCCUCAUCCACCCAGGAAACCACAAAGUUGAGUUUAUAUCAAUGCUGGGAGAGAAAAGAACCUGUUUUCUUAGACAGAAAAAAUAUACUAGAAUUUGUCUAGAUUCUAAGCCCCAUAGAGCACACUCAGCAGUGUGCUAGUAAACAUAUAACAACUGGCUCUUCAAGGAGAAAAAGCCUUCAUUUGUAGUGUUUGCCAAUUUGUACUGCACUAUGACCGGUUUCAAGCUACCAGCAUGAUACCCCUGAAUGCAGAGUUGGGUGGACGUGCAUAUAACCCACUUUUCUUAUCACAUAAGAGAGGGUUCCAUCACCCCACUGGGCCCACCUACUACUUCCUCCUUCCUCCUUCUCCUCUUCCAACUCACAUUCCUCCAAGAAUUUUCCAUUAUCCUUGUCCGUGAGGACAGUAACAUCUACAAUGAAGGGAGAAAUUGCAGCUGUUAUUAUUCUAAUUAGAAUGAGUUGCCAGUUCACCUUUGGCCAGCAGUCUCUCUCUCACCCUGGCCCUGCUGCCCAUUCUCAUUGUGGCCGCCCAUUCUCAUUGUGGCCCAGAGGAGUAGGUAGUAUGCAGCACCUUAUUAGUGAGCUUUGUCCUUCCUGAAUCCUUUUCUCUAUUACUACCACCCGUGACAAGAUAUUAGAAGGCAUAAUUUGUUCUACUUCAUGGAAAGCCCUAAGCACAAAGAUUCCACGUAAAAGGGAGUUACUGAGACACAAGAAUGGAUGUGAGUAGAAACAUGCAACAGUGAGAUGCCCAUACAAAAAGCACCACAUACACCUCAGGUAUAUCUCAGAGAAUCAAGAUGCAGUGUCCAUAGUUAAGAACAAUAAAUCUUUGCCCCAUUAUGUAGACUAUAAGCUCCCUAAGGACAAGGUAGAAACCAUAUCUCAUUCAUUAUUGUAACCCAUACCUCAAUAAAUUAAUUAUUGAAUAAGUGUGAUGGUGGCUUCAGCUCCUGGCAGCUUUCCCUUGAACUCUGCAGCUGCAGCAAAGUCUUGAGCUCAAACGGAAGAUUCAGCCAACAAAAUACUAUGCAGGUAAUGCUAAACCCAGACAUGUUAUAGUAGUUCAAAUAUAUUUACUUCAUAACAGCGAUAUACUUCCUCUAAAAUGAUGAGGUAUAAAUACUAUUACAUUAAUAAAGCAUGUAUGAAAAUAGAA